AUGAACAAAACAUUUUGGCGUUUUUCUAUUGUAAUUACCUCUUUGAUUAUUGCAGCGGGCUUUAUGUCUGUUCUUUUGAGCUAUACAAUUUUCAAUGUUAGAAUUUAUCCGACUAUAAAAGGAGGAAGCCCCGUUUCAAAACUCCCACCUAUUGAUAAAACUAUAACAGAUUUAAUCGCUCAAUCAUCACCACCAUCAGCUAUAUCGAAUGCUAAUCAAACUCUUUCGGCGAGUCCUUUGAAAGAAGCUAUACAAUGCAGAGACGUGACAUGUGCAUUUAAGGAUUUUGAUUUUUCUUUUGUAAAUAACAAUCCGAAAUUUGCAGAAAAUCUAUUCGAUAGAUUAGACAAUUCAGUAAAGACUACUAUUAAUGCUAUGAGAAUUGGUAAUGCUUAUUCGGUGUAUAACAAUAUGAUACAAGAAAACAUCAAACCAGAUGUUUAUACUUAUUUAUCAUUGAUAAUUGGAUGUGCGAGUAAAUUAGAUUUAGAUCUUGCUUUCACAACAACAGACAAUUUGGUGAAUUCAAUUUAUAAUUCCAUAAGAAAAUCAUUAUGGUUUUAA